GAGCUUAAAAUAAGUAAGUUUGAUUUCUCUUAAGGCAGAAAUGAUUUACAAAGACUCUAUCUCAUUCGGGUCUGUCAUAACCAAAUAUUCUCAAGAGUUGGGCGUCAAUAGAUCAGAGUAUCAUCUCCAUUAACUAGUUCGAAUGUCUUAUUCUUAAUAAGUAGAUACAUUCCUUGAACGAAGGGUAUCUUUGCAGCACUCCUGGAUGAAUUCUUAGCCUUAAAAGCUUUCAAUUCUGUGAAGUUAUGAGUACUUUUUGAAUGAGUACUCUGUAUCUAUCACAUAUAUAUCUUUAUCAGGAAAAACUUGCUAAAUUUGCUCUUAUUCGUCCGAAAUCCUUCAAGCUUCUGACACACAAUCUUAGGUGUGCUAAAUGAUUGGUAUUUCCCCAGGUCUCAAUCAUAAUAGAAAAUUAUGCAGUCUUGUACAAUUAAAGCAGGAUUCUUCUUAAGGGAUUCGAUGAUAAAAUACAUUCCUUCUUGGAAUCAAUUAAAGAUAAUCUCAUGAAUCUUUAUUCUACCACUCAAAAUUGGAAUAAUCAAUUCCCAAGAGCUGACAUUUGGAAACAUUUUUGAUAAUUCUGAAAAGAUUUUAGUAAAGCAAUUUUCUAAUUAA